AUGGUGACGUUGCUGCUUGCGGCCAUUGCAUUGCAUGUGUCGGUUGCCCAAGUGCCUAUUCCAAGUGAACUACCAGGAUACCUUAUUGGUCAUGGAACUGGAGAUGCUAAGGUGCAAUUAGAAACGUACAUUGACCCGCUUUGUCCUUUUAGCAAAGCCGCAUACGAAGGGAUAAAGACGUUAGCGGACUACUAUAAACCUGAAGAGAUUCGUAUCAAGGCCGUUCUCUUCCCCUUGCCCUUCCACCAACAUAGUUUCACGACGGCUGAGUCAGUCUUUACUAUCACGUCGGCGUUAGGUGACAACCAAUUUACUCCGUGGCUUGAAACGCUGUACGAAAACCAAGAACGAUUCGAAAACAAGGCGACGAAAAAUUACAGUGCGAUGCAGGUGACAAAUGAAUUGAAAGAGUUGGCCAAGAAUACAUUUCCAGCUUUAACUGACGAGCAGUGGGACAAGGGCAUGACAGGAUAUGGCACAACAGAAGCAGAUCAAUAUGCGCGUGUCACGUGGAAAUACGCGUGCACACGUACUGUCACCGAACAGGAGCGAGUGGAAUACAAGCGCAAGCUUAGACAAACGGACGAGAUGAAUGGCUUGUGGAUGAAAAACGAGCAGCAGAGUUUCGAGAUGACAACAAUAUGGGGAAAACAGGAAAUGAUUUUAAUUUCAGCAGCACAGCUAGAAAUUACGAGUCCUAUGCUCCAGGCCACGCGCGGCUUAGCCACUAAGGCAGCGACCGGUCAAUGGCUGGCCAGUAUUCCAAUGGGCCCCGCCGACCCGAUCUUGGGUUUGACUGAUCGAUUUAACAAGGACACAGACCCACGUAAAGUAUCAUUAGGUGUUGGCGCCUACCGUGACGAUAAUGGAAAGCCAUUCGUGCUACGAUCUGUACUGGAGGCUGAGAAGCGUAUCAUGGCUGCUGGUAAAAAUAAGGAGUACGCUGGUAUCGCCGGUAUGAAGGAUUUUGUGGAUCUAUCGCUAGAGUUUGCCUAUGGCGAAGACUGUGAAGCUUUGAAGGAAGGACGAAUUACUGGUGUGCAGACCAUUUCUGGCACGGGUGGUGUGCGUCUUGCUGGUGAAUUUUUUUCAAAGUUUUUGGGGAAGAACACUCCUGUCUACUUGCCCAAUCCAACGUGGGGAAACCACAUCCCCAUCAUGAAGGAUGCGGGUAUGGAAGUGCGUCGAUAUACGUACUAUGAGCCUGCUUCGCGUGGUUUAGACUUUACUGGCCUGAUGAACGACUUACAGGGCGCUCCAGACGGAUCGGUCUUCCUAUUGCACGCAUGCGCCCACAAUCCCACGGGUGUGGACCCCACACUUGAGCAGUGGAAGAGUAUUGCAGAUAUCAUGAAAGCUAAACAGCAUGUCCCGUUUUUCGAUUGUGCCUACCAGGGCUUUGCCUCGGGUGAUGCAUCCCAUGACGCUGCUGCCGUCCGCUUCUUUGUGAAGGAAGGACACAACGUCAUUCUCUCUCAGUCGUAUGCCAAAAACUUUGGUCUGUAUGGUGAGCGAGUGGGUGCUCUCAGCUUCGUUACCGAUAGCAAAGAAGAGGCUGAGCGUGUGCAGUCACAACUCAAGAUCAUCAUUCGUCCAAUGUACUCAAAUCCGCCAAUCCACGGUGCGCUCAUUGUGUCCACGAUCCUGUCGGAUAAGCAGCUUAAAGAUCAGUGGUACAGCGAGUGCAAGGGUAUGGCUGAUCGUAUCAUUUCAAUGCGUACGGCUCUUCGCUCGGCAAUUGAGAAAAUUGAAAAGGAUAAUGGUGUCAAGGCGAACUGGCGUCACAUCACGGACCAAAUUGGCAUGUUUUGCUACACUGGUUUGACGGAGGCCCAGGUGGCGCGCAUGAUCGAGAUGCAUCACAUCUAUUUGACCAAAGACGGCCGCGUGAGUAUGGCUGGUGUCACUUCCAAGAACGUUGAGUAUAUUGCGCAAUCGAUUGCUGAGGUAGUGCAGAACGCGUAA